UGGACUGAACUGCGUUAGUGUCGUACUUGUAUCCGUCUAUCUUCUCUAUGACCCAUGUUUAGGCAGUAGGCUUGAUUCUUGUUGAUUCCUCGUGCCUUUAAUCUUAAGCAUUUGUUUGGUGAAAAAAAAAAAUCCUAAGUAUUUGCCUCUCAAUUGAAAAAUAACACGGAUAAAAUAAACUUGAAUCCAUGCCUAAGAUUGGAAUGUCGACUAAAUUGCGGCUGGUUUUUGAAGGUGAAGAAGAGGCAGCUUGAUGGUGAGAGCAUUCACACAGGAAUACACGUACGAGCAUCCAUGGGAACGGGUCACGAGUGCGUUUUGGCGCAAGUUUGGCGAGCCUGAGAAUAGGCUCAUAUACCAUAUCGUUGAAGUGGACACGCUGAAUCGAAGGCUUGACGCGCCAUCUGGGAAGCUUUACAGCACACGAGCGAUCACCAUUCAGUGUCCGGGGCCAUGGUUCCUAAGGAAGAUAGUUGGUCAAGAUAUUUGCCACUGCGUGGAAUCAACGGUGGUGGAUGCCCGAUCGCAGUCGAUGCGGUUAACAACGCGAAACGUGAGCCUGCGCAAGAUGAUAGAAGUGGAGGAGAAUAUUCGGUACGAUCCUCAUCCAGAGAAUCCGAGCGGGUGGACUAUUUGCAGGCACCACACACGCAUCUGGAUCAAGCCACUGUCGGCGCUGGCAUCCAUCGCCGAGAAGGUGGAGCACCGAUGUGCUGAGUCUUUCAUUCAGAAUGGCGCCAAGGGUCGAGAGGUUAUGGAGAGCAUUUGUAAAUAUCUUGAGGCCCAGCCUACGGGGCUUUCCUGUUCAUUCCUACCAAAGUAGUAAUCAACAUACAAUAUUGCUCCAAGUCUGUAUAUGAAUCUAUU